AAAAGAUCGAAGACCAACGAGAAUAAUCUACGUCAGGUAUCUUCCGGUAGAGUAUCCAAAAUGUCUGACCCCGUCGGUGCUCCAAAGCAAUACAAGCAGCCUUCUCGCAAAGGCAAGAAGGCCUGGCGCAAAAAUGUCGAUAUCGAUGAGGUCCAGGAAGGUCUCCGGGUUCUGAAAGAUGAAGAAAUCAAAGGUGGUCUUCUAUCAGAGAAGCCGUCCGAUGAACUUUUCGUUAUCGACACAAAGGGUUCAUCAGAGAUCCGUGAUGCGUAUCGAAAGAAGCACAAGCCUUUGAAGUCGGAAGAGAUUCUGGCCCAAAGAUCCGCUAUCCCAGGAGUCGACACCCGCAAGCGCCUCAACUCCAAGGUCACCGACGGAGUUAUCGAGCCGAAAAACAAGCGUCAAAAGAGUGAUUGGGUUACGCGGAAAGACUGGCUGCGCUUGAAGCAGGUUGCAAAGGAAGGAAACCCGGUCAACAAGCCUGCCGGAGAUGCCCUUUACGACCCAUGGGGAGAUGUCGAAGAUGCCACCCCCGUGGUCGAUCCCCAGUUCGACUUCUUGGAGAAGCCCAAGCCUAAGGUGGAACCUGUGACCCUGAAGCAGGCUCCGAUUUCACUCGCUGCCAAUGGCAAGCCGGUCCCCGCGGUCAGUAAGCCUAAUGCCGGUAUCAGUUAUAACCCGACAUUUGAGGACUGGGAUCGACUGCUACAGGAGCACGGAGAGAAAGCGGUUGAGGCUGAAAAGAAGCGCCUGGAGGAAGAGCGUAAGGAGGAGGAGAGACAGCGCAUGAUCGCUGAAGCCAAGGACGAUGACGGCCAGGUGAGGUCGGAUGAUGAGAGCGCUUGGGAAGGGUUCGAAAGCGAGUACGAGAAGCCCGAGUGGCUGAAUAAGAAGCGCCCGGAGCGGAAGACGAAGACACAGAGGAACAAGAUCAAGAGGCGCAAGGAAGCAGAAAGGCAAGCCAAAUGGGAAGCGCAGAUGCAGAAGAAGGAAAGUCAGGUCAUACAAUCCAACGCCGCCACCAUUGGGAUUCAAGAAGAAGAGUUUGAUCGUGCCGAGCAAUCAGAAGACAGCUCCUCUGAUGAGAGCUCUGAGGAGGGCGAUGAUACUGCGCUGCGCCGGAGACCUCUUGGUGGAAAACUACAUGCCCCCGAGAAACGUCUGGAGGUUGUGCUGCCGGAUGAACUUCAGGACUCGCUGCGUCUGCUUAAGCCGGAGGGCAACCUGCUUGAUGACCGAUUCCGCACGUUGGUGGUCCAGGGAAAGCUGGAGUCUCGCAAGCCGAUAACCCAGGCGAAGAAGCCGAAGAGGAAGAUCACGGAGAAGUGGUCUUACAAGGACUUCAAGGUCCCGGGUCUCAAUUGGAAGAAACUCCAGGGGACGCUGAAAAAGGAUAGCGUUCCCGCUACGAAACGGAAAUCGUCGGACCGCGAGACGCAGGAUGGUGUGGUGAAGAAACGGAAAACAGACACUUUCGAAGGGAAACGAAAACUCGAACGACCACAGAUCGCACUCAAGAGGAAAAGAAUGUCUCAGAACGGCACUGAUGGAGGCGACGAUGGCGCUCAGGAAACAACCAAGAAGUCUACAUCUCGGAGGAAUUCUACCGCCGCGGUUGCGGAGUCCAAGCCGAAGGUCAACGAAGGCCGUUCAACAACCACGGAACUAGGUAAAUAUGUUGCGAUGGAUUGCGAAAUGGUGGGCGUGGGUCCCAACCCCGAUCACGACUCCGCUCUGGCCCGUGUCAGUAUUGUCAACUUCAACGGCGACCAAGUAUACGACUCCUACGUGAGACCCAAAGAAAUGGUUACGGACUGGCGGACGCACGUCAGCGGCAUACUUCCAAAGCAUAUGAUAGAAGCGCGGACACUCGAGCAGGUUCAGAAAGACGUCUCCAAUAUACUCGACGGGCGAAUACUUGUGGGACAUGCAGUCAGUAACGACUUGGACGCUCUUCUCCUGAGCCACUCCAAGCGCGACAUCAGAGACACCAGCAAACAUGCCCCAUACCGAAAGAUCGCCGGCGGUGGUUCUCCGAAACUGAAGAUUUUGGCUUCCGAGUUCCUUGGUUUGAACAUCCAGGACGGUGCGCAUUCCAGUGUGGAGGAUGCUAGAGCUACAAUGCUUCUGUACCGUCGAGACAAGGAAGUCUUCGAGCGGGAACAUCUCAAGAAGUGGCCGGUGCGAGUGGUAGUCGAAAAGAAAGAAGAUGGAGAGGAUCAGAAGAAAAAGAAAAAGAAGAAGAAGACCCGCAAGAGGUGAUCCGGUUUUUUUUGGAGGCAAUGACUGGUUCUGUUCGAUAUACCCCAAGUUUAUGAAGUUGAAGGAUAUCUAUAGAGAAUUCACAAGUACAUAGAGU